GGCGGGUGAUGUUGCUCUGAGCGAAAUGUACCACGAGUUUAUGGACCAACACUUCCAGACAGAAGUCGUGGCGUUCGCGAUACGCGUCUCCUUACUGUGUGCAUUGGCUACCAUGAGGCAAUGGUAUAGAGCAUUUUGGGGAGGUCCUUGACAACACUUGGUGGACGCGAGAUGGCGGACAUUCAAGAGCCCUCUGGCACUCUUAACUGGCGCUUGAGCGCACAUCCAAUCACUCUCGUGACCUUUCUAGGCUUCAGAGCCUCCUCGCUAGUCGUCUACCUUCUCGGCCUUCUUUUCACCUCCAACUUCGUCCUUAUCUUCAUCAUCACCAUCUUACUACUGGCUGCGGACUUCUACUACGUCAAGAACAUCGCUGGCCGGCGGCUGGUAGGCCUGCGAUGGUGGAAUGAGGUCAAUCCACAGACUGGCGACACACACUGGGUGUUCGAGAGCGCACCGCCGCCCAAUGAACCUGGUGGGAGAAUAAUCAAUGCUACGGAUAAGCGCUUCUUCUGGCUAGCUGUAUAUGUGCAGCCUGCAUCCUGGAUUGCGCUGGCGAUCUUGGCGAUUGUGAGGUUUCAAUUCAUAUGGCUCACACUUGUCGCAAUUGCGCUUGUGCUCACCAUCACCAACACCUUGGCGUUCUCGCGGUGCGACAAGUUCAGUCAGGCCAGCGGCUUGCUUGGAAACGGGCUCUACUCGGCAUCAUUGGCACGUAAUGUAGGCGGUGCACUCAUGUCGCGCUUCUUCCGUAGGUGAAGCAUACAUGCAUCACAGCUUUGUUGGCACUUUCAGCGCAAUUUUACAAUACUCUAGUCUAUUGCCUUCGCUAACCUAUGCCAGCCUUCACUCAUCGUGCCCGGGGUAAGUCUCACUCAUGUCAUGCUCCCUCCGCUGAUGCUUACCCAGCUCAUCAUGGUCACUGCA